AGUCCUGCUUUCUGCCCUGCAGUCAGGCUGGACCAGCUUUAGGGAAAACUCUCCUCAGGCUGCAGGGCCAAUCCAGAGGAAGUCAGCCAGCUUCCAGACAUCAGCCUCAGAAUGCUUGGCACCGCUACAGGCAAAAAGCUGGACCUUUCCAAGCUCACAGAUGAGGAGGCUAAGCAUGUGUGGGAAGUUAUCCAAAGGGAUUUUGACCUGAGGAAGAAAGAGGAAGACAGGCUUGGGGAAUUGAAAACCAAGAUUGAGAGAGAGGACAUCAAAAGACAGUUGCUUGGAAACCGAACCAGCCUGACUGAAUCCCACUGCAUUCGCUGUCUUCAGCCCUUUAAGUUCCUGGUCAACAUCAAGCUCCAGUGUCUGGACUGUCAGCUCUAUGUGUGCCGUUCCUGCAGCCACUUCAGCAAGAAUGAGCAGGGAUGGGUGUGCGAUCCAUGCCAUAUGACCAGAGUUCUUAAAAUUGGUACUUUGGAGUGGUACCACAAGACUGUCCAGGCCCGUUUCAGGCGCUUUGGGAGUGCCAAGGUCAUGCACUCACUCUUCAAGAGGCUGAGUGGAAAACACAGCUCCUCUCAGAGUGACUUUGGAGAGCUUCCAGAUUAUGAGACACAAAGCAUGCCUGAUGUCUACAGCAUGUACGAUGAGCCCAGCGCGGAUGCUGCAGACUUACAACACUUCGGACUGAUGAAAAAGACCAAGAGGCGACUGACUGUUGACCCCUUAGACUUCAUGCCAGGUCGUGACCACUUUAACAGCUCACGGAGACUGGAGGACCAGGCCCUCCAUGAAGUUGUUCAUGUGGAUGUGCCUGACAUGGCAGUUAUUUUCCGACAGAUUGUCCAGAAUCAGAGGAAGUCUCCAGAUAUGGAAAUACCUCCACAGCACGAUGACUUUAUGGAGAACCGGUCAGUUCCGUCCCGUUCUGUGUCCCGGCUCAGUUACUCCUCCUGUGGCAGUGGUGGAGCCACAAGCGCCCGGAUGUGCAGCAGCUUCCUGCCUGAGCUUGACGGCUCCGAACCAGAGGAUAACUUCUGCCAGCAAUUCCCCAUGUACCAGAGCCACGAAGAAGGCUCCAGUCACACGUCAGAGGAGAGCUUGAGCGCAGCACCGCAGAUUAUGGACCUGAACCAACGAUUGUCCGCCAUUGAGACACUUCUAAACCGCUUGGAGCUAAAGGUCACUUCAGUAAGAAACAAGGAAAACCAGCAACCAACUCCCCCCCGUGCAUCUCCUCCUCUUCAGCUGGAGGAUGUGGAUUCAGAGGAGCAGCAGCUCAGACAGAAGCUUCACCAGAUGACAAACAACAUCAGUGAUCAUAGCCUCACAUCUGAUGAUGAAGAGUCCUUUAGGCCACUCUCUCCGCCAGAGAUGCCAGCAUGGAGAAGCCCACAAGGAGAUGGCAAGCCAUCCAGAACACCAACCAGACCCUCAUCCAGAACCAGCACUGUCAACUCCAAACCUGAGGAGGAGCAAACAGCAGCUCAGAAGAUCUGCUAUCCUACAGACAGCGAUGAAAAGAAAGAGCUCCCCCUGCAGGAGAUGUUGGUGUCCAGCUUCAAGGGCUCCACAGCUCUGCUGGUGGAGCUGGAGGACAAAGUGGCUCAGGCUGCCGCAAGUGUCCAAAGUGCCGAGACUGAGGUUUCUUCCAUCGAGAACCGGAUUGCUGCCCUGAAUGCUACAGGCGUGCCUGUAGAGAAACGAAAGAGGUCAGCAGUCCCGGUCCCGGCGAGACGACUCUCUCACAACUUCCCAACAAAAAGCGGUAAUGACGCCGGGCUCAUGAGGAGAAGGCUGAGUGUCAUGUGACUCAGGACCACCAAUCACAUCAUCCUUGCAGUCUGAGCUCCAGAGCUCAAGGUUUUCUUUACAGGGGGACAUUUCUGAUAUCUAAUACUUUGUGUGAACUUCACAUAAAAAAGUUCUACAUAGGGUUGGGCAAUAUGUUAUUUUUAUAUCUCAGUUUUUUUAUAUACAGUGGUGGACAAAAGUGUUAGUACCCCUCAGUUAAAGAAGGACAUAGGUUCAUAAAUGUUUUUACGGUAUUGGGCCCUCUUAUUUAUCUAAUA